UAUACGCGUUUUUUUAUCCAGCCUUUAAAAGCCCACUUCGAGUAAAAAAAAAAGUAGAGAAAGGUUCGUCGCCGUUUUUUUUUGGUUCUUCAUCACUCUGCUCAACGCCGAGUGCACUACUCAGAAUCGCUCGUUAUUUUUAUAAAUUCUUCCUAAGGCGUUUCCAAACCCGGAAGAAUGGUUGCAGUAAAGAAACUGAGGAUAAAGUUUGGCCCUGAAGAAUCUGUCAAAACUUUCCAAAAGUUUCCUGAUAUUAACAACUGCAGCAACGCGAAGAAAGUUGAGAAACCAAUAAGCGAAGAUGUAACUAAAGCCGCGAAUCAAUCGAGGAAGCGUGGACCUGACGAGCUAGAGGAGGUUCAGGCGAGUAAGAAGCAAAAGCUUGACCGUGAUCUGGCUAGCCAGUGCCUUAAGCUGCUAAGAUUAUUGAGCGAUCACGAGUUUGGAUGGCUGUUUUGUGAGCCUGUGGAUCCUGUUAAGCUGAGGAUUCCUGACUACUUCUCUGUCAUAUCGAAGCCGAUGGAUCUAGGCACAAUCAAAUCCAGGCUUUUGAAGAACGUGUACGGGAGUGCAGAUGAGUUUGCAGCAGAUGUUCGGUUAACCUUUUCCAACGCGAUGCUGUAUAAUCCUCCUGGAAAUUCGGUUCACACGGUGUCAAAGGAGAUUAAGGAGAUGUUUGAGGUGAGAUGGGAAUCGCUCAUGAGGCAGAAAGUUUCGGGAUUGUGCAGGAGUGAAGUCAGAGAAGGUUCUAAGAGACGACCAGUUGAAGUCGAUUGUAUAAGACAGAGCAGCACUGAAACAUCAGCAGCCUCUGGGAGAUUCUCUGUGGAAUUGUCAAAGCCGGUGAAAGAGAAGUCCGAAAAGGGUUCUCUUUUGUUGAAGCCAGUGAAAGGGCAGAGCAAAAAGGAUACUCCUGUUGUCACACCGAAAGCUUUACCAAUGAAGUUGAGGAUUAAGCAACUCGGGCAGGGCCUUGGUAUCAGUUCGACUGUGAAAACCCCAAGCAAAGGUUCAGCUCUAACUGCAGCUUGCAAAUGUGGUUCAUGUGGCUUGAUUACUUGUAUGUGCCUCAAGUCCUGUAACUCAUCUGGAAGUGAAGUUUCUUCAUUAACGGAUUGUUUGGUAAAGAACACUUCAGGUUCACAGGCGAGCGAGUCAGAUCCACAUUCCAAUGGGUCUAUAAGCUCAAAGAAUGAGAAGAAUGGUUGUGUUAGUUCUCAGGUUGAUAAACCCAUAAACAAUACUUUAUUGAAUAAUGAGUUGAAAGCAACAUUUCCCGUUAUGCCUCCGUUACCACCGGAGAAGGCUCUUCGUGCUGCAAUACUCAAGUCUCAGUUCGCAGAGACCAUUCUGAAAGCUAAACACAGAAAAGUCCUUGACCAGAGUAAGAAAUCGGAUCUAAUUAAUAUACAUAUAGAAAAGGAACAGAUGGAAAGAGCUCAGCGUGAAGAGAAAGCUAGAAUUGAAGCCGAGAUGAGAGCCGCUAAGAUUGCUAUAAGAUUGCAGGCAGAAACCGAGUUGAAACAGAGACGUGAGAGACAACGGCUCGAACUAGAAAAGAUGAAAAUGACAUCCGACGAAGAGAAUAACUUCUCGAGUUUGAAGGAGGAUUUUGUUAAACUAUGUGGUACUUCUGAUAUGACAAGAACUUGGUUGCAUGAGUUGGGUCUGUUUUUAAAAAAGGAUGAUUGUGUGGAAGACAUGGAAGUUCCUGAUACUACGAGAGUCGACGAUCUUGAGGAGGGAGAGAUCUUGUAGAGUCUCUUAAUAGAAAAACCUCUUGUGAUGUAAUUUUUGACCGGAACAGAUGUUGUAUUUUAUGAUGACCUUAAUUUUGUUAAUAUAUGAAAUCAAAUGUUCGUUUCCUCGUACGUACUUUUCUUGUUUGUAAACCAAGAAGCAC